AUGGCGCAGCAAGAAAAUCAACUGGACAGAGAAAGAUUCUGUUGUUCUAUCUGUCUGGAUCUACUGAAGGAUCCGGUGACUACUGUCUGUGGACACAGCUACUGCAGGAGCUGUAUUAACACCCACUUGGACAAAGGUGAGGAGAGACGAAGCUCCAGCUGCCCUCAGUGUAGACAGACCUUCACACCGAUGCCUGUCCUGGAGAAAGAAUGGACUGAGAGGCAGAUAGAGCUCGGGCUGAGGAGACAAACAAUCCAGCAGAGAGUCCAGGACACAGAGAAAGAUGUGAAGCUGCUUCAACAGGAGGAGGAGGCCCUCAAUGGCUCUGCUGAUAAAGCAGUGGAGGACAGUGAGGAGAUCUUCAGUGAGCUGAUCCGUCUGCUGGAGAAAAGAAGCUCUGAUGUGAAGCAGCAGAUCAGAUCCCAGCAGGAAACUGAAGUGAGUCGAGUCAGAGAGCUUCAGGAGAGACUGGAGCAGGAGAUCACUGAGCUGAAGAGGAAAGACCAGGAACUGAAGCAGCUCUUAGAAACAGAGGAUCACAACCAGUUUCUACACAACUACCCCUCACUUUCACCACCCAGUGGAUCUACACACUCAUCCAACUUCAGGAUCCGUCCUCUGAGGAACUUUGAAGACGUGACAGCAGCUUUGUCAAAGGUCAGAGGUCGACUACAGGACAUUCUGAGUGAGACAGAGAAAGACAUUUUACAGAUUGUGUCUCAAGUGGAUGUUUUACUGCCAAAACCAGAGCCAGAGACCAGAGCUGACUUCUUAAGAUAUUCACAGGAAAUCAAACUUGAUCCAAACACAGCAAACAACCAUCUGUUAUUAUCUGAGGGAAACAGAAAAGUAAGACGUGUGUGGAAAGAUCAGUCUUAUUCUGAUCACCCAGACAGAUUCAUUGGUUGUUUACAGGUCCUGAGCAGAGAGAGUCUGACUGGACGUUGUUACUGGGAGGUGGAGGUGGGAGGACGAGGAGCAGGUCGUGUAGCAGUCACAUACAAUAAUAUCAGCAGAGCAGGAAACUCACUAGAAUGUUUAUUUGGAUUCAAUGAUAAAUCUUGGUCGUUAUAUUGUGAUGGAAACAAUUAUAUAGUUCAUUACAACAGCAUCAAGACUCCAGUGUCAGGUCUUGUGUCCUCCAGAGUAGGAGUGUACCUGGAUCACAGUGCAGGUGUUCUGUCCUUCUACAGAGUCUCUGACACCAUGACUCUCCUCCACAGAGUCCAGACCACAUUCACUCAGCCUCUCUAUGCUGGAGCUGCGGUUUGUUAUAUAUCCACAGCUGAGUUCUGUAAACUCAAAUAGACUCGAGUCAUUAAAAGCAGUGAUUUAGAUUCUGUGUGUUAAUCUUUAACUUCUUUUGUUUCCAUGUUGUUGAUAAAAGUUCGUCGUGGUGAUGUUUUUGCUCCGCACAGAGAUCAGCUGUCAAUCAAACACUGACCUUCCUUUAUCACACAUAUUUAGUUCUCACUUUGUAAUGGUACAAAUCUAUAAUUACACUGACAUGAAUGUGUUUGAAUGAACUAAUGUUGCUGUUGUUUUCUGAAUCAAUGUAGAAAUCAGGUUGUGUGAUGUUUUAGAAGCUGUGUUGAUCCUGAUCCUCAUCAAUGAGCUGAUUCUUUGUUCUUUUCUUUUUCACAUGUGAGAUGAAGGUGAAACAAACUGAGUGUGUGUCCAUGAACUCACUGAACUCAGAGCAUCAGUGUUGAUUGAUUUGAUUUUAAAUUGAUGGACAUGCCAAUGUCAUUGGACGAACCAGAUGCAUUGUUUACAGUGUAUUAGCAUAAAUGCUAGUUAACAACACAUGUCCACAGGAGGCUAUGGGAUGUUUGGUCACGUUAUAAAUGUGGAACCUGUUUUGUUUUUUUCACGGAUCAUCUCUGUAAAGUGUGAAUCCACUCGUCCUCAUUGUAUUUACAUAUUUAGUGAACGGGCUCAUUGAUCUGUUGCUGCGUAGGUUCCUGUUCUUUUUGAUUUUCCUGAUGUGAACUAGCAGUUCCAUUGGAGAGUGUCCUGAUCGAGUCCCUCUGAGGGUUUGUUCUGCAGCUCUCA